AUGGCCAACUACCAUCUAAUGGUUCCAAAUUCGUCAAGAAAUGCUCAAAUUCCAAAUGACACUCAACGACCGCGAGCCGCACCCAAGCCUAUUUGCAAAUAUGACCAACAGGAAGGACAAAAACAAAAGCAACAGCAACAACACAAUAGUAAAAAUCACGUUUUAAGUGUCUCUAUUUCUUCUUCGUUUUUCUCCAAUUCCUCAGUCUUUUAUCUCUUUUUCUUUUCCACUCUCUCAACUUGUGAUCUGGAAGAAAUUGAUGAAAAAAGAAGAAGAAAGACAAUCGUUGUCGUUGCUGCAGCAUGCACCCUCCCAGCAGAUUCCCUGUUUGCUGUGAUGCUCUAUUUGAUAUAUCCCGACUCAUUCCUUCCAUCCACCCUGUUCAUUGUCAAUUUCUCGCUGGUUCUUCUUGCUCUUCUAGGAAUCAAUUCAAAAGUUUCGUCGAUGAUUCUUCCGGCAUUAGUAUGGAAGUGUGUGCUCUUGUUGUUCCUUUUGUUUUUGGGAUGCAUUUCGGUCGACGCUUAUCAAGUUCCGGCCUCAGAGCUAGAAGAAGCUCAUGUGUCACAGCAACAGGAACCAACCUCCCCGCAUCGAUCCAUGAUGGUUUGGAAGGAUCUGGCGGCGAAGUAUCCAAUGCUUCCAUUUAUUGCAGUCGCAUGCACAAUAGUUCUUGCAGUUGAAGCAAGAGUUUUUUUCUCGGCAUGGCAGAAGAUCUGCUGUCCGGCGGUGGUGAAUGAUGAUGCGAAUUUGGAGAAAUCGCCUCCAUCGUACAACGCUUGCGUCCGUGCCACAGCCAGCGAAAAAGAUCUUCCGAGUUACGAAGAUGCGCUGAAAACGUGCUCGAAUUCUUCAUCACAACAGCCGUCAUCAUCUUCAACGUCUUCUUCUUCGUCUUCGCCCUCUCAACGACCACCCCACUCCGUAUACACGAUACCAGACGUCAAAGUGCAUAAAUCACCAAACACUCAGAAUUGUCGUAGUUCCCCAUCGUCUUCUUCAAAAAUGACAGUAAUCAGUCUUUGA